AUUAGGUAAAUAUUUGCAAGUGUGCAUGUGUGUGUGUGUGUGUGUGUAAAAUCUCAACUGAUUUGAGCAACUCCAGCUGGGCUGAGAAAAUCUUAUUCUUUCUGGGAAAAGUUAAAAAGUGGAGGAGAAUUGUUCAUACUCAACUUGGAAUAAAAGGAAGGAGGCGAGAAGAAUGGGAUUAGAGACAGAAGGGUAAUGGAUAAUGCAAUUUGGGAUGGGGGGCCCCUAAACAAGAUCUCAACUUUUAGUUGAACCAAAAAUAAAAGUAUCCCUUUCACGGAGAGAGGUGACUUUGAGUGAUGGGUUGGUUUCGGACUCUUCCCAAUCCCUCUUAAUUAGGGUGCCCCACAAAUUUACCCAGCCAAUCAGAGAACAAACCUUCGGAUGAACUUCAAUCCCUCAACCAAUGAGAAAGUGGAUAAGGCCCUUUUGUGGGCCCACACAGUGCAAUUCCUUUUUGAGUAAAAAAGUUCCCUAAAAGUGCAAUUCCUCCCCAGUUGAGAGUCGAGACCCUUCUCUGUUCUGAAUUUGACUGUAAAAGCGCAGUCUGCGGGCCAUUCCCAGGGCCCCAAGACGGACAAGUAGAAAAAUAUCAGACUCAACUCUCGAGGUCUAUGUACAGUGUCGAAUAUUACAUUUCUUCCAUCUGUGCUUCGAGUGAGUUUUGAGUCUUAUAGGAUUUCUGGUUAUUGGAAUUCAAUGACGACGAGGAAAGGCGUGGAGGGUGGCAAGACCGCCCGAGCCUGCGAUAGCUGUAUCAGCAAGCGGGCUCGCUGGUUCUGCGCCGCCGAUGACGCUUUCCUCUGCCAAGCUUGUGAUGCUUCGGUCCACUCCGCCAACCCAUUGGCUCGUAGGCACGAGCGAGUCCGUUUGCAAACUGCCUCUUUCAGACCCUCUUCUGCCGCCUCUUGGCACCAGGGCUUUACCAGGAAGGCCCGCACCCCUAGGCCAGGCAAGAGCGCUCCGGCGAGCAAGCCAUUUCCUCAGGUACCGGAGGUGAGUCCUAAAGAAGAAACCGAAGAAGAACAGCUCCUCCUCCUCCAUCGGGUUCCUGAAUCAAGAGUUGGUUUGGAAAAAGAAAACUCAAAUGGGUAUCUUUCGUACGAUAUGGAUACUGCUGAAUUUGCGGCUGAUGUUGAGAGUCUAUUGGGAAACUCGCUUGAUAAUGAGUGCUUUGAUAUGGAAGAACUGGGGCUGACGGCCUCCAUAGAUGAUGACUCCACCACAAAGGAAGAGUACUCUUUGAACAGCGACCAAGUUGUUAAGAUUGAGAAAGAUGAGAUGGAAGAAUUUGCUCCGAUGCUGGACGCCGAUGCCGAUGCGACGAGGGAACCGUUUGAGCUGAACCUUAUGGACUUCUGCAGCAAUACGGCGUCGUGCGGCGAGGAAGAGAAGGUGAUGGUGGAAGUCAUGGCGGUUGUGAAGAACGGGGAAGUUGAUCAGAUGGAAGACACCAAAAUUGGAAAAAGCAAGAAGAAAGUGUCAUUGAGUUUGGAUAGUGAAGCAGUGAUAAUAGCUUGGGGCAGCAGAGGAACUCCAUGGACGUCCGGUGCUCGGCCGAAUCUCGACGUCGACGUCGUCAAUUGUUACUGGCCGGAUUGCAUGGGUACGUGGGAGAGUGAGUACUAUUACCAGCCUUACGGGGAACUGGGCGGCGGAAUUGGCCGACAAGCGGCGGCCGGAGUUGAAGGAGAGAGAGAAGCACGAGUGUCGAGAUACAGAGAGAAGCGAAGGACGAGAUUAUUUGCAAAGAAAAUAAGAUAUGAAGUUCGGAAACUGAAUGCAGAGAAGAGACCCAGAAUGAAAGGGAGGUUUGUGAAGAGAUCGUCUUGCUUUGCGCCACCACCUUUGCCUCCCUUUAAUUUAUGAUUAUUAACAUCAUAUUAAUAUAUAUUAUUUCCCAAUUUGUUACUCUCGUAAUUUUAAUCGCGAAACUUUAUUUUGUACUAAUAAUAUGUAAAAUAAUAAUGCCUUCUAUCCAAGUUGGGGUUAUUACAUUUAUGAGAAAAUCA